AUGGCUCGAAAUGCUUUGGUCCUCUUAUCGGGCCUGUUGUUGCCAGUCCUGGGCGCAGUCCUGAGCGCCCCAGAGCCGGUAUCAAAUUCUGUUGUCCAGAAGCGAGAUCUCUCUGGAUCUUCCUACGUCUGGCUCAAUGACAACACUGGUACUCCACAGCAUAUGGCUUCUGGUGUCCUACUUGGCAUCCCAAGCAACCCCGACCAGAUACCCGACCACUGGCUAUCUGACAUCAAGUUCUGGAACAUGAGAUCUGGUGGCUCCCAGCUAGCCGAGCCCCGUCGUGGAUGGACACGAGGGCUGAACGAGUUCAUGGGUCGCUACGAGUAUCUCAAGUCUGCCUACCAGGUCACGCGCCGCCACGGGGGAAAUUUCCAAAUCAUGAUCCAUGACAUGUGGGGGACUGAUUCGUAUUCGAGUUUCGCCGAGACGCCGAUGCCGGGGGACGGAGGGAGCUAUGAAGACUUUGACAACUUCCUUGACACCUUUUUUGCGCUGCUGAAACAAGAUGGCAUGGUCGACAACAUUUGGUGGGACCUUUGGAACGAGAUUGACAAUGUUGACUUCCUCGAUCGAGGAAUAGACAGAUGGCUAGAGUACUGGGGUCAUGCAUACCAUAAGAUCAUGAGGGACUUUCCCAAUGCCAAGGUCAUUGGGCCGUCAUACGGUCAUCUGCCCAAUUUUUCGCAAGGCGUCGAACAAUAUUUCUCACGCUGGGCCGAGUUCAUAAAAUCCAACAAUUCUAUCCCAGACCAGAUCAGUCUUCAUUUCCUUUACGGAAACGGAGACUUGACUACCUCGCUCGACAGUUACCGUCAGUAUUUGAACGCUGCUGGUGUCGACUUUCAGGGUAUCUGGAACGUCCAGGAGUACGGCCACCCGGACCAGCAGGUUCCAUCCGGUCUCAUAUGGAACAUUGGUCAGCUGGAGCGACACAACGUGCCAGGUCUCCGGGCCAAUUGGCUAGGCGGUCAGGAACUCAACGACUAUCUGGCAUACCUCCUCGGAAAAGACAAGACUGGUGCCAAUUAUGACAUGUAUGACACUAGUUAUCGGCCUGCUCGUGAGUACCCGGUGUAUGUCUACUAUGCCCAGAGCAUGACGGGGUAUCGUGUGCGCACCGAGAUGUCUGAGGACACGCUUGUGGAUACGUACGCUACCGUCGACCCCAGCCAGCGAGUAGUGCGUAUCUUGGCUGGAUGUCGUCCAAACACUGGCGUCUGGUUUGUCAAGAUUGGCGGACUGAGCGCCCUUGGUCUUCCUGAAUCUGGGUCACUGCCUAUCAAAGCGAUCCGAUUCAACACAGCUCCGGGUCGAUUUGAUCGUGUCGCCGAACCUGAUGAUCUCGGCUACACCAACUAUAACUAUGGAGAUGGUAUCGUUACCGUCGCUGUCUAUCAGAAUGAUCCAGACGUCGGCUUUGCUUUCGAGUUCUCGUACUGA